AGAUUGCCGAAGUGCUAUCCAUUACACCAUAGAGACAUGACCUUUAGACACAGUCGCCACAUAAAUAUAGCUCCACGUCCACUGACAUGGUUUCAGACGUGUAGCUUAACUGAAAAUUUUCUUUAACGUGUACUUGAGCGUGGACUUACGCGUUCAGGUUCACGGUUUGCAUUUAUACGUGUAGCUUAACCUCUCUAUUAUCGACUUUUCACUAAUAACAGCAAUAAACCGGAAGUUUGUUGCACCUUCCAUUUAAAUAUAAGACACGAGGACGAAAGAUCAUAUUACAGUACCACACUGAUAACACAACAACAACAACCUAAACCUCAACAUGAGCUCUGCCAAAGACCUAUCAAUAGGCCAAAUGAUUGCCAACGCUAACGACACCCAGGCGUCUAUCUGCAGUGGAAAACUCCCAUAACUCCAUGGAGAUGAAUGAUAGCAGGGACACCAUUCCCGAGAAGUACCAGCAAACAGCGCUGUCUUCAACAAACAAGCCUCAAAACAGGCAACAACUAGCAGCCCUAAAGGCAAAUACCAUAUCAAGUCGGCCUCUACCUUCACAAAAAACAACCCUUCAUACACUAUACCACGCAAACCCACUCUAAACAUCAUAGACGCGAUGGGUCUAGGCCAACCUACAAACAUCGGGAACCACCCCAACUCCACACGCCAAGCAGACCCAGCUCUACUCACUCGUUUAAGAACAUCAAUACACUGGGAAGCCAGACAUGAUGGCGUCCUUAAAGGUCUAAACAACUACCCGGGAGGCAUCCCAAGAGGCCUCAUACCAAACAUUAGAUGUGGCGCCCCUGAGAAAGAAACCUCCGACAUUGCAAAGGCGUUUGACGUAAUCUUACAUCAUUGUAGCGGCCAGCUUACAGAGGCCACUACACUCCAUAGUCAGAACAGACUAGAUUACCACAGACAACAAACCAUAGAAACCAUCCAAACACUAGCCAAAACCAUCGGCCAUGUGGAAGCAGACAAAUUGGCAGAACAGUACAGACGUGAGGCUUCCAAACCAAAAAGAAGGGAACCAAGCACAAAACCCCGUGGAAAGAGACAGUAGAAUAAAACUACUUUAAAAAAUACAACCACGCCCCUUCUCAGGGCCACCAAACUCAACCAAAAGAGCAAUUUAACAUUUAUGAAUUAAAAAAGUAUGAAUGUGUAUGGAAACCACCAAACAUGUAUACCCGAACCUAUAUUAACCCUCCUAAAACUAAUAAAGCAAACCUUUGUAUUACAAACUUUAAAACCAAACAACACUUCCACCACUAGUGCCAACCAAAACACACCAAACUUUUACAAUUCAAACCUGCAAACCAUUGCCCGUACUUCGGAACACACACCCGUGUAUACACUAAUAUUCCCCCUUCCCCCUCCCCAUUCC